CAAGAUUUCACCUUUUUGCUUCAUUGAAUUUAUUGUUUUGGCUUUGUUUAAUUCAAACACCAGAAGAAACUUGUGGUUUUGUUCUGUUCUGAUUCAUCUAUAUGUUUUUAAUGGCUGCUUCUGGGUUCAAGUUUUUUUCUCUUUUUUCUAUGAAUUCUGGGAAGUUUGGAGUUCUUUUGAUGGGUGGGGUUCAAUCACAGAUUUUAUGAUUGUAUAAAGCAGUAAAGCUACCUUUUUCUCUGUCUGAUUUUGGUUGAAUUAUAGUAUCUGGCACUGAAUUUGCAGGUUUGGUUGUUGAAUCCCAAAUUCCCAAUUGUGUUCUUGGAUUUAGAGGCUGCUGGGAUUGAAGAUGAUGAUGUUUGAUGAUAUGGGGUUCUGUAAUGAUCUUGAUUCCUUCCUGGCUCCUCUGAAAGAGCCAGCUGAUAUGGUUGCUCCACCGCCCGGGGCUGAGCCCGAGGCGGCGGUGGUGGUGGAGGUGGAGGAUGACUAUAGCGACGAUGAAAUGGAUAUGGAGGAGCUGGAGAGGAGGAUGUGGAGGGACAAGAUGAAGCUGAAACGUUUGAAGGAGAUGAGCAAGAGUAAGGAGGGCGAGGGCGAGGAUGGGGCUAAACGGGAGACGAACAAGUCUCAGGAGCAGGCGAGGAGGAAGAAGAUGUCGAGGGCUCAGGACGGGAUCUUGAAGUACAUGUUGAAGAUGAUGGAGGUGUGCAAGGCUCAGGGGUUCGUUUACGGGAUCAUCCCGGAGAAAGGGAAGCCGGUGAGCGGGGCGUCUGAUAAUUUGAGGGAGUGGUGGAAGGAUAAGGUGAGGUUUGAUCGGAAUGGCCCGGCUGCAAUAGCCAAGUACCAAGUGGAUAAUGCUAUCCCGGGGAGGAACGAGAACUCGAGCCCGGUUGGGCCUAUUCCCCACACCUUGCAGGAGCUUCAGGACACCACGCUUGGCUCGUUGCUCUCGGCUUUGAUGCAGCAUUGUGACCCCCCUCAGAGACGGUUCCCUUUGGAGAAAGGCGUUCCACCGCCCUGGUGGCCUACCGGGAGCGAGGCGUGGUGGCCUCAAUUGGGUUUGCACAAGGACCAAGCCUUUCCCCCGCCUUACAAGAAGCCACACGACCUCAAAAAGGCGUGGAAGGUCGGUGUUCUCACCGCUGUCAUCAAGCAUAUGUCCCCCGAUAUCUCCAAGAUUCGCAAGCUCGUAAGGCAGUCCAAGUGCUUGCAAGACAAGAUGACCGCCAAGGAGAGUGCUACUUGGCUUGCCAUCGUUAACCAAGAGGAAGCCUUGGCUCGGGAGCUUUACCCCGAGAGGUGCCCGCCCCUAUCCUCGACCGGUGGGAGUGGGAUGUUUUCUGUGAACGAUAGCGGUGAGUAUGACGUUGAAGGGGUCGAUAACGACCCCGACUUCGAUGUUCAAGAGCAAAAACCAAACAACAUCAAUUUGCUGAGUAUGGGUGUUGAGAUGUUCAACAACAAGAGGAAGCCCGGGAAUGAGCUGCCCAUUUUGUUGGAUCAUAGGAUCUAUACUUGCGAGUUUCCUCAAUGCCCUCACCGAGAGCUCGGGCUCGGGUUCGAGGACAGAUUGGCUAGAGACAAUCAUCAAUUAACUUGCCCUUACAGAAACUCUGCUCAAUUCGGGGUUUCGAACUUCCACAUGAAUGAAGUCAAGCCCGUGGUGUUUACUCAACAAUUUGUGCAGCCUUCAGCUGCUGCUGCUGCUACUGCUACUGCUACUGCUGCUCCACCCGUCAAUCCAAGCCCGCCUUCCUUCAAUCUCUCGGGACUCGGUGUUCCAGAAGACGGGCAAAGGAUGAUCAACGAUCUCAUGUCGUUCUACGACACAAACAUCCAGGGGAACAAAAUCUCGAAUCCUAGGAACUCUGGACCUGCUAAAGAACAACCUCUUCAACAAACCAACAUUCAGUGUCAUCAGGGCGGUUUCCUUCAAAACCAAGGGAUCAUCCCGGGGAAUAUCUUCCAGGAGAGCAACAUUUCCUCGACUCGUCCCAUGUUCACAUCGGGAGACCAGUUCGAGCAGCCCAAGGCUCUGAACUCCCCUUUCAACGUCAGCUCCAUCGAGACACUCCCCUUCAUGUUUGGCCCUCCCUUCAACCUCCCACCCUCCGAUUACUCUGAAGGCUUACUUGGCGUUCCACCCCUGCCAAAGAAAGACAUCCUCAGCUGGUACUAGGUUGUCUGCAGCCUCGCCUCGCCUCACCGCUCUAUGGACCAAGAACGCAACUCGAUUUGGUCUGCCAUUUUCAGGUCCAAAAACACCUUACAGCUAUGCCAUUUCCAUUUCCAUUUCCAUUUCCCAUAUAGUUAUAGAAAGUCAAAGGGUUAUAUUGCAUGGAGAAUAUAAUUCUCUCUUAGAUUUGCUAAACUUAUUAUAGGUCUUUAAUAAGUUCUAUUUUUGAUCUUCCAUAUAGGAACUUUUAUUAUUAUAAUUAUUGUUAUGUGUAAUCUGUCAAGCAAGCAAAGGGCAGUGCAAAAUAUGCCUUUGUUAUAUC